GUCACAUCCUGAUAGAAUAAGGAAGUGUAUAACCAAUGUAUGCUCGUGUAGUACGCUUUGUUGUACUUAGUUUGGUUACAAGGUAGUAGCACUUGCAUAUCAGCUGGAUAAACGUGAACUAAAAAUGUUGAAGAGAAAACCGUCCAAUGUGUCUGAUAAGGAGAAAAGUCAAAAGCCAAAGCGCACAAGCAGCUUUGGCAGCUUUGACCGUUUCAGACAUCACUCGAUAUCAAAGACAGAUGAUUCAGCUGAGAUAUCUGAGCUGGAGACUAUAAGUGACGUUGGAGAAGGAGUACAAGCUAAAACAGCAAAUAAUGGAGGAAGUCUGGGUAAGAAGAUGAGAGCUAUUUCCCUUACCAUGAAGAAAAAGAUGGGUAAAAAGUACACCAAGGCACUCUCUGAGGAGAUGAAUGAAGAAGGAAAAGAUGACAGUGAUCCUGGUGGUGGAAUACACACUGAGAAGGUCUCCCUAAAAACCAGUGACUCUAUGGAAAGUCUCUAUAGUCUGAACAGUGGCCAGAGCUCAUCUAGUGGGGUGACAAGCUGCUCAGAUGGAACGAGCAAUAGGGACAGCCUCCGGUUUGAUGACGAAGUCCCUUACAGUGGGCCCUUCUGUGGUCGAGCCAAAGUUCACACCGACUUCACACCAAGUCCUUAUGACACCGACUCUCUGAAAAUCAAGAAAGGAGAUAUUAUAGAUAUCAUCUGUAAAACCCCCAUGGGUAUAUGGACGGGCAUGCUGAACAACAAAGUAGGAAACUUCAAGUUCAUUUACGUGGAUAUUAUCUUGGAAGAGGAAGCAGCUCCCAGAAAGAUAAAGCCACAUAGAGGAAGCAAAAGGAACAAGCCUAAAACACUGCAGGAGCUCCUGGAUUGUGUCCACCUGCAGGAAUAUGCCUCGACUCUCUUGCUAAAUGGCUAUGAAACUCUGGAGGACUUAAAGUACCUACAGGAGAGCCACCUGAUUGAAUUAAAUAUUUCAAACCCAGAAGACAGAGCAAGACUGUUAUUGGCAAUUGAAAAUCUACAGGACCAUGACAUUGAACAGCAGAAAAGCGAGGGUAGUCAGGAGACACGGAGCCUAAGCCCUCACCACAGCUUUGAUAAAUCACAGUUAAAUGACUGCCCCAGAGAUUCUGGCUGCUACAUCUCAUCAGAAAAUUCAGAUAAUGGUAAAGAAGAAGGAGACCCAGAAACCCUGUCUGACAUGGUGCAGUCAAUAACAAUCACGGAGUCAAACUGAUUCAGUCCUGCUGCUUUUCUGCAGAUUUUCAGAAAAAAACAGAUUUGCCAGUACAACGGCACAGAAGCAGAACACAAAAUAUCCUCAACAGUGAAAAUAUACUUCUGGCUGAUGUAUGAUGCUCUACACUGUGUGAUAUGUGGACAUUUGAUAGCUAAAUGUUAGCUGAUAAUCUCUCAUGCUUUUCUUUUCAGUGAAUUCACAGACAUUUCAACAAAAAAUUUUAUACAUAUGUAUUUAUAAAUAUUUGUACAGCAAAUGCAUUUUCUAUAAGAAUAAUAGAGAAUUGGUUGAGGUAGUGGUACACAGUCUGGACAUGUUCAUUUCUGGAAUUGUCCAAAAUGUAAAUAUUGUACAUAUCUAUUUUAAAAAAUAUACGGAUUAAUCACACUCUAUUUUCAGAUGUGCUUUGCUGAUAUUUGUACAGAAUGUAUUUUCACUGAUAUAUCAUCAUAAUAAAAAGGUGGAUACAUUCGCAUCCUACUUUGAAAAGUACCAAGCUAAUUCUCAUUAAUAUUAAAGCUGUUUCAUACCAUUCUUCUCCAAAAUGGGCUCUAAAGUAGACUAUUACCUCCUACAUUUUAUCCUGGAGGUACAAAUGAACUGUAGUGUGAAUCAGAAUCAAGCUCUCUGUGUUCAUUAUCUUUUAGAGAACAUAGCCAUCUGACUGGCUUAUGCAAUUUCUUUAUUGUUAUUUUCACACCUGUUCUCAUUCUUCCCAAGCAUUAUACAGAAAAUGCAAGCUUGGAGCCAAAAAAAGUCAGUAUCAAUAUUAUCCUUUUAUGAUCAUCUUUUGUGAAGCUCUCGCCUUUUGUAUGUGGAGUGAACUUUGUUAAUAGAGUAUUUGUUUGCAUACAAAAGAAGCUAAUAUUGUGCACUGUUGUCUUUCCUAUGAGAUUUUAUUGUCACUUCCCAGUAUAUUUUGCACUGGAAUACACAUUUUAAUUGCCUGU